AUGCCCGAAUUCACCGAGGCGGACACGAUCCGCAUCCUCGUUGCAACCGAUAACCAUGUCGGAUACGAAGAACGAGACCCCAUUCGUAAGGAUGACAGUUGGCGUACCUUUGACGAGAUCUUGAAUCUCGCCCGUACUGAAGAUGUCGACAUGGUUCUCCUUGCCGGCGAUCUCUUCCACGACAACAAGCCCUCCCGAAAGUCACUCUACCAAGUCAUGCGAACCCUUCGACAGAAUUGCCUUGGCAUGAAGCCCUGCCCCCUCGAGUUUCAAUCCGAUGCUGCGUCCGUCUUCGAAGGCGCUUUCCCCCACGUCAACUACGAAGACCCCGAUAUCAACAUUUCCAUCCCCGUCUUCUCCAUUCAUGGAAACCACGACGAUCCCUCUGGCGAGGGCAACUUUUGUUCACUUGACCUCUUGCAGGCGAGUGGACUGCUCAACUACUUUGGACGGGUUCCCGAGGCGGAUAAUAUCCAAGCGAAGCCCAUCCUCCUCCAAAAGGGUCUUACAAGACUGGCCCUCUUUGGGUUGAGUAACGUCCGAGACGAGCGAAUGUUUCGAACAUUUCGAGACCACAAGGUCAAGUGGUUUCACCCUAGCCCCCAGAGCCCAGACUGGUUCAACCUCUUGGCCGUCCACCAAAACCACCAUGCCCACACGGCUACCUCAUAUCUCCCCGAAAAUGUCCUUCCUGACUGGUUGGAUCUUGUCGUAUGGGGUCACGAGCAUGAAUGCUUGAUUGAUCCUACCCAGAACCCAGAGACAGGCUUUCAUGUCAUGCAGCCUGGCUCCUCGGUUGCCACUUCAUUGGUACCCGGCGAAGCCGUCCAGAAGCAUGUCGCUAUUCUCAGCGUCACAGGCAAAGAUUUCAAGGUUGAGAAGCUUCCGCUCAAGUCUGUGCGGCCCUUUGUCACCCGAGAACUCGUCCUUUCGCAAGAUAAGAACUUCAAGGGACUUGACAAAAAGAAGGAAAACCGCCAAGAGGUGACGCGCAAGCUGAUGGAAGUGGUCGAGGAGAUGAUUGAAGAGGCCAACGCCGAUUGGGAGGCGAUCCAGACAGAUGAGGAGGCUCUAGAAGAACGACCGCUCCCCUUGAUUCGACUCAAGGUGGAGUACACAGCAACAGAUGGCGGACAGUUUGAGAUUGAGAACCCCCAGCGAUUCUCGAAUCGUUUUGUCGGAAAGGUGGCCAACACGAAUGACGUUGUCUACUUUUACCGCAAGAAGACGUCACAACGCAAGACAACUGCGGUGAACCCGGACGCUCUCGAGGCCCUGGCUGACGGUAGCGACGCAGUCAAGGUCGAGAGUCUAGUCCAGGACUUUCUCUCAGCACAAUCCCUCAAGGUUCUCCCACAAGGUCCCUUUGGUGACGCUGUAACGCAGUUUGUGACCAAGGACGACAAGCAUGCAAUGGAGCUGUUUGUAUCAGAACACCUCACUGGUCAAGUCCGACAGAUGCUGGGUCUAGAAUCUGAUGACGAGGAUCUUAACAGCGCCAUGGAGAUAUACCGAACAAGGAUCGAGCAGGAGCAAGCGAGCGGGGCCCCCACGACCCAAGCGGAACGCAAGCGGGUUCUUAAACCAAAGCCCGCUACAUGGGACAGUGACUUUGACGGCAGCUGGGAGAACGAACCAGACGCCUGGACCUACGAGGAUGCUGCUGCCGACCAGGGUGCGAGCUCCGCACGUGCGUCCGCUGCACCUGCACCUGCACCUGCACGCAAGACUGCAAGAGGUCGAGGCAAGGCAGCGGUCCAGCAGGAUGUCGAUCUGAUGGAUGAGGAUGAGGAGCCACCAAAGAAGCCUGCUAAGCGAGCAACACGCACCACCAAAGCAGCUCCAGCACGAAAAGCCCCCGCAAGAGGACGCGGCCGCAAGCCCUUUGAAGACAGCGAAGAAGAGGAAGAAGAAGAUGUAGUAAUGGAGUCAGAAGAAGAACCCGCUCCUCCUCCACCACCACCAAAAACCCGCCGCGCCGCAGCAACGAGAAGCACCAAGGCAACAACGACGACGGCGGCAAAGAGAGGAGCUGCUAAAGGCACGCGGCAGACAAAACUAAACUUUUCACAGUCGCAGGCUAGUGGCACGCAGAGCAAGGCUGUAGAGAUUAGCGAUGAUGAGAUCUCGGAUGAUGAUGCGUUUGCGCCUGCGCCCAAGCCAGCGACGCGGACUCGAAGGAGGUAG